UGGACCGCGAAGUAAAUUAAAAAAAAAUAAUUAAAAUUACAUUUUAAAUCCUUUGCGGUUGUUCAAAAGGAUUAUUUUACUCAGAAGAUUAGCUUUAUCGUGUGAACAAUAAUAUUACCAAUUUAAGCUUAAUUUCAGGACCCAAUUGUUUCCUUGUUCGCUGAAUUAUUUUUCGCUACCAAUUUUUAGCUGGAAAUUGCUAUAUUUACCCAAAAUUGAGUAGGCGCGAAAAAACACCAACUCCGACAGUUUCCAGUUCCAGACAGAAAGCCAGUCUACUAAUUUAACAGGUCAUUGAAUUAUAAAUGUCAAACAUGAUAAAAUAAAAACAAACGUCAAAUAUUAAAUUUUCUAAGAAGCUUCCCGUAAAGUGUGUUCAACACAGUGUUUUAACUAAAAAUCCAACUUUAUCAAUGUUAUCAGCCCAACUUAUAGCUCAGGGCGUUCUAAGCAUCAAAUCACCAAAGAACCUGCUCCAAAGACAUCAGUCUGCUCCCCACCCCGUCUUGCAGCUGCUUCCUGCUUCGGAAGAAUCGACCAUCUACAUCACCCAGCAGCCUCACGACCUAUUAGCAGGGCUGCCUCGAUUUGGGCUCGCGAAUCACCAACCUGGGCUACGCCGACCCGCGGAAGUUGUUCCCCCAGCCGGCGAACUUAAGUCGGACGACCCGGAGCAACGCGACUCAAUUUUUUCGCUGACCUCGUCGAGCGAUUCCGUCUACCAGGGCGCUGAUCUGAGCGACGAUCCAAACGGAUUCUGCGAAAAGUUCAUUAAGGAAUGUCUCGAGUGCGAGGACUUCCGUGACUCGGCCGUCUACAGCGGAGACGACACGCGGGCGGACGCCAACGACCGGCAAUCGAGGAGAUCACCCAGCAGUAGCAGAAGCAUCUUUUUCAACCUCCAAGAUCUUAAGCGCGUCAUCGUCUGCUUCGAGCAGCUCCAACGUUGCGGGACCACCGCCGAUUCCGGUCAAGCCGGUCCACUUAGAAGGACGAAGGGUGGCCGUAAAGAUUGAAGGACCUAGGCAGAGUGAAGAAGUACGUCUCCAGUCAUGUGAUGACGUUGCUGCAUGCCUGUCUUUACGGGUGAGUAUCUAAAAUGCUUUUGUUUUUAUUUUUUCAAAAUCUCUGUUAUAAGCUUAUAAAAACCAACAAGAUAAUAUCAAAAACUAUUAUUUCUGAAAAACUAAAUUGAAUUCCUUUGUCGGAUCGUGAUUUGCGGAUUUCAUUGUGAUAAAUUUGUUUAUCAAUUGUUAGGAACACACAGUUGGAUAACAAUUAAAACUCUUAACUUAAAACCUCCGAUUAGUUUGUAAUAUGUCCUUAGUGCCUUAAUUAACGUAGAAGUUUUUGGACCGGUCCUUCAAAGAGCUGAGCUAAUGAAACGAUAAUACAAAAAUAAAACCAAGCUCCACUGAAUCUGGAUUCCGAUACAAUAUUUAAACGCUUUGUUCUUAAAAAUAAAGUAUUAUGUUUUGAUUUUUAGUUUUUUUGGCCAAAAGUAUUGUUUUCUAAACAAUAAUUCAUAAAAGCGUUUAAAAUUUACAUCGGAUUUUGGAUUCAGUGGAGCCAAAAAAAUUUUUGCUUUGGGUAAAUUUACGUUAUUUUCAUCGGAAAUUUACAUGUUUCUGAGCAACGUUUGUUCUGCACGAUUACGUCGGAUGACACUUAAAUUUACAAUGAAAUUGAUGUAAAUUAGCAUCAUUAAUGACGUGCACUUUUGGUACAUCAUAAAUAAUGUAAAUUUACCGG